GCACGUUGAAGUAAGAUAAAGUGGAGUUUUCCCGACCAACUAGACCGCAAACUCGACAGGGAGCUUCAUCCAUAGCUUCCUGGAUAUUCACAAGAGCAGCGCAGCUACAACAACGACGGCGGCGAUCUCGGGCACCGGGCUGCGCGACAUGAGUGUGACACACUUGCGGCCGCGCCACUGUACGCCCGCCGGCGCUGUGGAGCGAUAACCGACCUCCGUUCGAUGUGCCAAGUUUCGAUUUCAUUGCUCUCACUCCGUAGUCGCACGUGAGCAGCCACAGACGCACUCGCAACUCCUCGCUCCGUGCGAGACGUUGAUGAUGCAACCUACCUGACCGAGCACUGGCAGCAUUGACCACGAAUUACAUUCCAAAUUCAAUUACGACGUUUGACGUUUGUUUGACAUGGCGCACAUAUAUGUGCGAAAGUAAAUAAACAAACAGUGAAAGUUGAUAAUCUAAAAGUUUAGUGUAAGGAUAGAAAGUGUAGUUAACUAGUGAAACAUGACGUCACGAUCAAAGGAAAAGGUAGCAGCUGCAUUCCGGAAGCUAUUCCGGUCGCCCGAGAAGUUGGACAACGAUGGCGCUGGCCCCAGCGGCUCACCCGCCAGGCGCGGCUUGUUACGUCGCCACAGAGACGGUGUAAGCCCAGCAGAGGCGGCAGCUAGCCUGCCCCCAAGUCCCGGAGCGGCAACACUCGCGAAAAAAAAAGGCGCAGGCGCCAGUGAAGUUCGUGAGCGUGCUGCCGCUGUGCGCACGCGACGGCUCAUGAAGGAGCUCAAAGAGAUCCAGCGAACACAAAACAGUCGGGCUGAUCCUAUGUUUACGGUGGAGUUAGUAGGCGACAACCUAUUCGAAUGGCACGUGCGGCUGCACCAAAUCGACCCGGAAAGUGAGCUGGCGGCAGAUCUACGCGAAUUGCACAUCCCUAACAUACUGCUGCAUCUUGUCUUCCCCGAGAACUUUCCAUUCGCACCGCCUUUCAUGCGCGUCAUCGAACCCAGGAUAGAGAAGGGCUUCGUUAUGGAAGGUGGAGCGAUUUGUAUGGAACUGCUGACUCCGCGCGGUUGGGCAUCUGCUUAUACUGUGGAAGCCGUGGUGAUGCAGUUUGCUGCGUCAGUGGUGAAGGGGCAAGGUCGCGUGGCGCGCGCGCCGUCGCGGCCUUCGCGUGAAUUCUCGCGCCGGCGCGCCGAGGAGGCUUUCCGCAGUCUCGUGAAAACCCACGAUAAGUACGGCUGGGUAACGCCAUCCCUCUCCGACGGUUGAGUUGCGAAAGUGCAAAUUGACCAGCUGAAAUGCAGUAUAGAUCUCUUUUAGUUAAAUCUCAAAGAAUAACAUUAAUUAGUGCAAAUUUUAAAUAAUGCUCUCAUUGUAUUUAGUUACUUAUCUGUAUUAUCCGUGUAUAUCUAAGUACAGUGUGAAAGAGUUACAUGGAUAAGUCGUUUGAUGUUUAAAUUGGACAUGUACUAUAAUAUUUACUACGUGUGAAGGUUUUUACCAUAACCGUUAUAAUUAAAGCUAGAUCUUAAACACGAAAUGCUGCAUCCGAUUUCGAUUGAUGAUUCCGUAAACCAUUGACAUGGUAUUAUAUUAAGUUACUCACCGAACUCUGCAAGUACGUUAAACGAAUAAGAGUAAUGAGUGGAAUCGACGAAAAUUUGAACGUCUUACUAAAUACCAGGCGACGGUCUUCCAAAUAAUUAAAAUCGUUUUGGCGUUCCGAGGUUUGAUCUAAAGAUAAACUAUCUAUGCAAUGUACGAAAUUUGGAAUUUUGUGGUAAUUGUAUAACAAAUGUAGAAAGUAAAUUAUACAAUUAAGCCGCAAUUGAUGUCUAUUUGUUUAUGUGGUAGAUAAUGUUAUAAUUAACAUUACUCAGACAGAAUACCAUGUAUGUAUUUAAACUUUGUGCCAAAUUUUAUUGUAAUUUUAAUGCUCAUUACAUAUGUAAACAUUAAAUAUAACAGUAAGAAAUGUAUUAGCUUAUCCUGCAGUAUACUUAAUCCACAAAAUCAACAAAUGAUACCAAAAUAUUUCCACAUGUUGUUGAAGAAUCUUUUGAAUGUUUUAAAAGAAAUGUUUCCGUCCCAAAGUCAUUUACUCAUUUUAAUAUUAGAUAAGUAAUUUGAAAAUUCACCAAAAUUAUUAUGUAAAUCAU